AUGGCGCCUGCUCGAGUUCAUGAUCCCGUGCUCCGUCGAGAGCCCGCAACCCAACAGCGCGAUUUCGAGGCGCGCAACAUCCAGGUCGACCUAUGCGUGUGCGGCGGAGGCCUGUCAGGUACCAUUGCUGCGAUAUCCGCCGCCAGAAAUGGCGUCAAGGUUGUCCUCAUCCAGGAUAGGCCUGUGCUCGGUGGCAAUGGAUCGAGCGAGGUCAGACUCUGGAUCCUGGGCGCAACAUCGCACAUGUUCAACAAUAACCGGUACGCCCGAGAAGGCGGCCUGGUGGAUGAGAUACUGCUAGAGAAUCUGCACCGCAAUCCCGAGGGAAACCCUUUGAUCCUCGAUACCAUCCUGCUGGAGAAGGUCCAUGAUGAGCCCAACAUCCAGCUCUUCCUCAACACGUCGCUCGUCGGCUGCGACAAGGACGGUGAUCGGAUCAGCAGAAUCCAGGCCUUCUCAUCCCAAACUUCGCUCAUGUUCUCGGUCAAGGCCCCGCAGUUCAUCGACUGUACCGGAGACGGCACAUUGUCGUUCUUAGCCGGUGCACCUUUCCGUGUCGGUGCCGAACAGCGUGACGAGUUUGGAGAAAAGUUCGCUCCGUCGUCCGAGUACGGUCAUUUACUUGGCCACUCAAUUUACUUUUACUCCAAAGAUGUUGGCAAGCCUGUUAAGUUUGUCGCUCCAUCCUAUGCGCUCAAGGACGUAGAGAAUCAGAUUCCGAGGUUCCGCAGCUUCAACACCAAGGAGAUGGGCUGCAGUCUUUGGUGGAUCGAGUAUGGAGGCCGCCUUGACACUGUUCACGAUACUGAGGAAAUCAAGUGGGAGCUGUGGAAGGUGGUUUACGGAGUGUGGGAUUACUUCAAGAACUCUGGGCGAUUCCCCGAAGCUGAGAACUUGACACUUGAGUGGGUUGGUACAAUACCAGGAAAGCGUGAAAGCAGGCGAUUUAUUGGGCCAACAAUCAUGACACAACAGGAUGUUAUCGAGCAGAGGUACCACUCAGACGCCGUCUCCUUUGGCGGCUGGUCUCUUGACCUCCAUCCCGCGGAUGGAGUCUUCUCUGAAGUUGACGGUUGCACACAGUGGCAUUCCAAAGGAGUAUACCAAAUUCCAUUCUCCUCUAUGGUCUGCUCCGAGAUCCCAAACCUCAUGUAUGGCGGAAGAACAAUCUCUGCCUCUCAUGUAGCCUUUGCAUCCACCCGUGUCAUGGCUACUUCUGGCGCAAAUGCAAAUGCCCUCGGCGUGGCUGCAGCGCUAUGCAAGAAACUUUCCAUCGACCCAGUCCAGCUCUUGGUCAAAGACACGAUGAAGUCGUUUCAAACUGAGCUGAUGCGCUUCGGCCAAUUCAUUCCGGGCUACAAGCUCAAAGAUUCUGAAGAUCUCGUUCGCCGCGCGCGAUCAAUCGAGGCAUCCCCUGCUUUCCAACUGGAUAGUCUCCCCGCCAACGGCCCUCCCAAAGUUCUUGUCAGGAGCCUGGCUCAGAUGAUGCCACUCGAGGCCGGCCCGGUUCCCAAGUUCUUCAUAACGGCGCAGGCCGUGGAAGAUAGCGUACUAAAGGUGCAGCUUCGAGGCUCCAACAAGCCGUACAACUACACUCCAGAGGUCAUCCUAGAAGAGACCUCAUUUGCUCUCAAGCCCGGGUCAAGCGAUCUCGAGAUCGCGUUCGAGGUUACCAAUCCACAAACACAAUACGUGUUUCUGUGUUUCAUGCAAAAUGAGUCCGUCGCCAUCUCUACAACUCUUACCCGUGUCUCUGCUUUGAUGACGGUGGAACAUGAAUGCACGCAAGAGCCUCCUGAUGACGUCGGAGUUGAAACAUUUGAACGAUGGACACCAGUUCGGAGACCUAUGGGACACAACCUGGCGAUCAGAGUUGAUCCUCCCAUUCAGGCUUGGAGUGCAUCAAAUCUGACCAACGGCGUCCCGAGACCGACGAAGCGUACAAACUGCUGGGUACCUCAGGCUUCCGAUGGUAAUGACAGGAGGAUAAUCAAGAUUGCUUGGGAUUCGCCUGUCAAUUUAAAGAGCCUCGUGGUUCACUUCGAUACAGACUAUGAUCAUGCACUUGAGUCGGUACUUCGAGGUCACCCAGAACGCAACAUCCCCUUUUGUGUAAAGGAGUGGCGAGUGCUUGAUCUCUCGCGUGAUGGGGAAGAGAAGGAACUCUUCCGCGAAGAAGACAAUCAUCUUUCCCGUCGCGUUGCCGAAUUUGAUCCACCAGAACGCUUGACAAUGAUUGGGGUCGAGAUACUGGCAUUGAAUGGAGAUAGUAAUGUCCGAGGAGGCAUAUUUGAGAUUCGGGCAUACGAGUAA